UAUAAUAAACGUAUUGAAAUUAUGACCAGCUAAAGAGUACGAAAUUCUUGAAAUGAAAAAAUAGGGUUAAAAAGUGUUUUGCUUUAAAUUUUAAAGUCCCUAUAAACAAAGGUACUACUCUUCAGAUAAGAAACGCGGUGUAUUUGAACUAGCUGAUUUAUUUGGACAGAAGUCUUAAGAUUUUGUCGAUUUCAGGGCGUUGACUUAGGCCAACAAUACACGCAUUAUACGCUUAACUUUGACUUUUAUAAUCUCAAAGGGUACGGCGUUUAAUUAAUGAAUUUGGAAAUAUUAAUAUAUUCAAAGUAAUUUAAGAAUCUCUUAGGUACAGUGGAAUGAGAUUGGUGACUUAAGAAAUAAAUUGAUGUGAAGAUUAUUGUGUAUUGUGUGUAUGUAUACCAAACUCUAAACUUCAAACGUUCAUCGAAGUUACUUAGGCAAAAGCAAAACGAUCGUAAAGAAAGGACCGGUUUUGAAUGGAACACAAUUAUAACAAAUUACAGAGCGACAUAAUGGAAGUAUGCAUUUUUUGCUCAAUUUAGAUACUUUCAGUAUAAGCGAUUUUGUGAGAGGAAUAGAAGGACUUACUGUUCAUGAUUCGUUUGAAUUGAAUAUUGUUCGAGUUUAAACGAUUUCAGCUGAAUAAAGGUUAAUUUACCUAUGUAGCUGACUGGCGGUCUUUUAAAGCCGUGUAUUUAAGCUUCUUUUAUGCUUUCAAUUCAUAACAGAUACUUCUUUGAAAAGUAAACAUAAAAAGGUAAUUACGCUGUUCAAAUUGCUCGCGAAAAUGAUUACGUCUUAAAUUGAAAUGAGCAUUCAAUUUGGAUAAAAACGAAAACUAUGGAGGGAAAGGUAUCUUUAAAUUCAUCACCAGCAACGAAAAUGGACAUAACGAUAGAAAUGUCAGAUGCGAGUGAAACGGUACAGUCUUUUGACGUCAAAACGGAACGCACAAAAUCGGCGACGUCAGCCGGUGACGUCACAGCGGAGACGACGUCUCAAGUUGAUGAUGGGACGUCAGUUGUGGAAAACACGGAAGAAAGUCAAACCAGUGACGGGAAUCAAGAGGUUGAUGAAAGCGCCGAGAUGAACCAACAGUCCGGCCAGGUCCGAAUAGUUGGCCAUGACAAGGAGAAGGAGAUGCUGGCCCGCCUCUCAUGGCUGCUCCUAGAUGCCGGAACCUCCGCCCUCCGCAACACCUUUGACUCCAUCCAUCCGCCCGUUUCCCUUAGGGAGCAUCUCAAACAGACUCACGUGAAAACCGUGCUGCAGAAGCUUCUAGAACAGGCUGUGUUUACGGACCGCCAAUGGAAGCUGCUCUACCCCAUGAAGAAGAAGCACACGACUUCAAGAAUGUACGACAGCCGGAUACUCGUGGUUCUUCUGGAAACCAUCUGUCACCUGUGCCCGCCCUACCCCCAUGGCUGGGCCCGGGACCCCCUCCCCAAGGACGGCUCCCUCAGCGCCGACAUAGUCCGCCUGCAGCUGCUCUUCAUGGACAUCGCGAGGCUUGAGGGCAUUCCUGGAGAGUCCUACGUUCCUUGGUUCAUCCAGAUCCGUGACGUCAUCGUGCGACUAGGCGGUCCUCCAAUCAGAUUAAAGGUUGCCAGGAUCGAGUCUGAACUUAUUAAUCUCGAAAUGCAACAACACUAUAUAAAGACGUUACGGGAGACGUGGCAGCCUGACUCUAUACAGAGAUUAGAGAAAGUACAUGCACUACGUAGCAAGACGUCCAAGGCACGUCGGACGUACGCCAGCACCAAGGGAACAGAGGAAGGUCUGUCAGCGGAGGACCAUGUCGUGCUCAAGAAGACCCACAAAGUGUUGGUGGACAACGUUCAGGCUGAGGACGUCAUUGACAGGCUUCAGCAGUCACAGGUGCUCAAGUUCUCAGACCGACAGGAGAUUCUGACCCAUGCCAAGAGACAGGAGAGAAUGCAGUUGCUGUUGGACAAGAUAUCGGAAUCCAAGCUCCCGUACUCGUUGAAGGCGCUGUUUGACGCCAUGAAGUUUAAAUACAAGAAGCUGCAUGACCACUGUAUCGCCGUCAGAAAACAGACGUACAAGGAGGGCGUGGUCACGACUAUAGACGUUGAGGGAAUCACCGAAACUGCCUUGGUGAACCAGUACAAAGUCCGGCUGGGGCGUGUCUACCCCUUCCCCUGGAAUGACGGGGUGUACGGUACCGCAAGAGACGUCUAUACACCGCUUGAUAUUGUGGAUAGUGAGGGACAUAAGAUAUCUUCAACCGAGUUUCUACCGCCGCCAUGGAAAGACGGGAAGGGCAACAGGAUUGUACUGGAGGGCGAAAGUGGAAGUGGAAAGUCCCUGUUGUGCUCCUGGCUGGCCUACAUGUGGGCGACAACGCCCACCUACUUCCGGAAUACCUACCAGCACGUGCUAUUGCUCAAUAUGGCGGAACUGGAAGGCAAUUUUGAAACCGCUGUGUACAGGAGUCUAUUUCCGGACAAUUUUAAGAUUAGCGUUAACGAAUUUUGGAACAUGUUGGAAAGGAAUGCCCAGAAUGUGUUACUAGUCAUUGACGAUUAUGAUCGGGAACAUGAAAUAGAUAUUAGUGCUAUCCUCAGUGGAACACGUUUGAAAAAGAGUACUGUGAUAUUGACUGCGAGGCCCAAUACGAAAAUGCCCAUAGGUUUUGUUCCAGACCGGAAGUGGUUCAACUUAGGAUUUAGCGAAAGCAAUAUCAAAAGGUGCUUUAGGAACUGUGUAUCUCUGUCACAACUCGAGCACGACCAGUUUGAGAAGUUGUACCAUCUUGCAUCCCGCGAGUCAUGGCUGCUGCGAUCGCAUUUAUCAAACCCGAUGCUAGCAGUGAUGGCUUUUGCUGUGUUUAGCAUCUUGAAGAAAGGCACUAUGCUACGAGAUAUGAAAACGACCUGUGAUCUUCUGGAGAAAUACGGAGUUGCCAUGGCAACGCAAUACUGCCGGAAACAGAAAAUCGACAUAGUCGGGUUUGAAUUUCCGGACGAAGUUCUAAGUGCAAUAGACUUGUUGGAUCAGUUUGCGUUCAAUUGUCUAAUGUCGGGGCGGCAAAGUUUUAAAGAAGAAGAAGUAGUUCAAUCGACUGGGGAACCAAUGGUUCUUCAGUUUGGGGCCUUUAGCAGGUUUCAGCCGGGAACAACAUUGCGGUUCGCUUGUGGUAUUUCCAUGGAUUUCCUCGCGGCCCGCCAUAUUGCCGACAUGCCAUAUGAAGAUAUUGAGACUGUCGUUAUGAAAAAUAAGAUGUUCAAGUUUGCAAAAUAUUCGCAGUUGAUGUCUUUCCUGUGCGGCCAAUACCGUGACGACACAGACACUCAAGUCCUUCAGUCCCUCUGUGACCAACUGGCAGCUCGCAACGAAUACUGCAUUCGAGGCUUCUAUCUUCCUACCCCAACGUUGGAGUCACCGGCCUCCAUGACGAGUGAUCAGCGACCGAAGGUUCCCCGUGGCGUGCUGGAGGACUUUGUUACGAGCCUGCAGUGUUUGUCCGAAUGUCUAGCCCGCGAAGACGCCGUUCAGACUAUCGCACAAUCACUUCCGCAGAGGCUCAUUAUCAGACCGGAAGGCAUGAUCGCCUUGAAGACGCUGCAAGGGCUUUGUCUCUGUAUGGACCACCCUGAAUGCACCAUUCAGGAACUUGAACUUGAGCUACAUCAGUACCACCACUUCCAACUUCCGGUUUUCCUGCAGCUCGCCGCCUCCACCGGAAAAUGCCGAAACAUCAGGUCAAUCAAAAUCACGUGGUCGUCAUUAGAUCUUAUGGCGAAGUAUCUCGCAGGCGUCAUGGGAAGCUGCGACCAUAUUGAAACCUUGUAUAUUACUGAGGAUCCGAAAGUGAAAUUUAACCACCCGGUGUCCGCUGCGACUUGGGCCGCCUUGCAGUCCGCGUGCAGCAACACGACGUCACUACAACAGUUGGCGUUCGUAAAUUGUCACGUGACAGCUGUCGUGAAUCACGUGCUUCAGCACAUUCCGACGUCAAUAGAGCAAAUCAACUUCACGGGAUGUGCCUUCAAUGUCAUGUGUGCGGGGCAGGUUGCGAAUCAUUUACAUGGGAAUACAGCCAUUCUCGCUCUUGAUUUGAGUCACACCAAACUGAACAGUAGUGAAUUCGUGGCGAUUUUUCAAGGAAUGCAAAUGUGCGAAAGCAUACGGCACGUGCGCGUCCGGGGAGCUCGAUUAGACAGGCCAUGCAUUAUCGCCCUUGCAGAGUACAUAAAGUUGACGCAUUCUCUAGAAAGUCUAGAUCUUAGUGACUGUGAAUUAAACACUGAGAUGUGUACCCAACUUGUCACCGCCAUUCGCCAAAACAGGACCAUACAGAGACUGGUAUUUAACAAUGCCAAACUGACGACCGAAGGACGGCGUGUGAUUUCGAAAACCAAAACGAAAUUAAAACCGGUUUCGGUUGAAGGUCUUCUACGCAUUUAUUAGAGACAUAAAUACGCAUUUAUUAGAGACAUAAUAUAAUAAGCAUUUAUUAGAGACAUGAUUACGUAUUUAUUAGGGAUUGCUUUUGUAAGGGAAUGAUGCUUUGAUUUGGAACUUAAAUAGGUGGCAGUUAUUAGAGAUUAAUACAUAUGCAUUUCAAAGGGACUUAAUACGCAGUUAUUUGAGGUUAAUACAUAUGCAUUUGAAAGGGACUUAAUACACAGUUAUUUGAGGUUAAUACAUAUGCAUUUAAAAGGGACUUAAUACGCAGUUAUUAGAGAUUAAUACAUAUGCAUUUGGGACUUAUUUACGUAAUAAUCAUAAUUUGAUACAUCAUCAGAUCUAAGGUUGAAAUAAGUUUGCAAAAUAAAGCGACAAAAGAAAACACCAAACUCCAAACGGAAUGCCCAAUUCUAUUUUUAGACUUUUUUUAAAUCAAUCUAAAAUAGAUUAUUUAGAUCUUAUCAUUUUUUUAUUAUAUAUACUUAUCUUGAUACUUCAUACAUUUGCGUCGCAUAGGUAUGUGUUAAAUAGGUAUGUAAGAAGUAGAUUUAUUAUACAUGAUUUUAACCAUUUGAAACAGAAUUUGUUGAAUGUUGAAAUACAUUUAUUGUUGUGUUUUUUCUGAAAUUGAUAUUAACAUUUUCAUUUAAAAAAUCCUACCUAAUUGAGGAUUUAUCUUAUUUAAUAGCGGACGUAUUAGAUAAGACAUACAUUUAUUCUUGUUCACUUAAUAACCCGUAAUCAUGUUCUCAUUUUCGGCUUCCUUUGAUGAUUAGUUUGUAUACCUAACAACUAGUUUGUCAUAUAAUAAAGUGAUCAAGUAGUCCAAGGUCAGAUAUUUUAUUUUUAUUUUUCAAAGAGAAAUCUCUCGUGAUGAAACAUGAUCAACUUUGUUGGAACGCAUUUUAAUUUAUUUUUAAAAUUCAUAUGACGAUGUGUAAUCAAAACUUUCCAAAGUCAUUGCACAUUGUGCAUUUAAUUUUGGGGGAAAUUUUUUUAUAACUGAUUUAAUAUUCCAAGCGACGUGGUCAAGGAAACGAUUGCGUCAUCAUUGUUUUGUAUUUUGGUUUUUACCUGAGGCAUCUGCUAUGUAUCAUUUUUUUACAAAUCAACGUAAAAAAAAGACUUCUUAUUAAUUCUAAAACAAGUAGAAAACAAGAAAGCUCGAAUCUUUAUUUUCAAACAUUACUUCAAUUGUGAAUUAUCGAUUAUAAAUACAUGUUUUUAUUGUCAACAUCAAAUUUAUAUACCAAUAUACUUUAUUAAGAAAUUCAUUGUAUGUUUUGAGUUGUAUAAGACAGAUGCCGUUCUUUUGAAAACACAGUCAUUUGAAGGGAAUAAACUCCUGCAUUGGUGUCAUAUGACCUGUAAAACAUUUAGUGACAUUAAGCCUAGUCUAUUUACGUAUUUAGAGUUAUUUUUACAUUUUUAAACUAUAGUUAAGUUUAGUUAUUUCAGACAAGAGCGUUGGUAGGACAUAAAUCUGAAAAAAAAAAUGUCGCUUAAUAUUCUACAGGUCAUAUACAACCUCAGCAGGAGUUCAUUUCCUUCAAAUGAUUGUGGGUAAAAAUACUAACUCCUCUCAACGAUAGUAUUUAUCUAAUAUUUGAAAUUUCAUAUCAUCGCAUUUUCGUGUUUUCCGUUUUUAUAGUUUGUUUCUGUUGAAUAUAUGUCAUUUUCUCAAGGACGCAGUCUAGUUUGUUAAUCUCAAAGGCGUCAUAUUGUAUGACAUUGUGUUAUCGCUUUGUUUACACAUGUAUCAGAUAACAUGAUUGCAUCUGUAUACUCAUAAUAUUUAAGGGGAAGUUUUGUAUGUUCAUUCAUUGAAUGUGUUUAUUAUUACAGGAUUAUUAUGACGGUGCUUGUAUAAGCUAAUGGAUAUUAUUAAAUCUGAAAGUAUCAGGGUUAUUUUUUCAUCGUGGGGGUUGUGAAAUAUAUAUAUUUAUACACCUUUUAUUUAGAAUGCGGAGAUGUAUCUAAAUAUACGGCUUACAUAUGCGAUUUGUUUUACAGUGUGUUGGAUAUUGGAUCAAUAAGUAUACUAUUGUUUGACAAAGCAGUUCAUCGUGUGGGGUGGAGGAAGAUAUAUACGUUUUAUACAGUAUUCAGAGAUCUGUCUAUAAAUGUACAUUUUACAUAUGCGAUUUGUUUUCCAGUGCGUUGUAUAAUGGAACCUAGCAAGAAAAUUAUUUCAUUGUGGACAAAGGCAGUUUAAUAUAAUAGAGAGUUAUGGAAAAGUAGGGAAUAACGCUACUUAAACCCUAAGAUGCUCCUUAUUUUAGAGAGAAAUACACGGAGUGCGUAAAAUCACCACAGCACAAAUGUAUAAUUCAAUACUUUUAUUUUCAUAUACUCUCUAAAAGAUGAGACAUGCACAUCAAACCAAAUACAAAUAAAUAAAAUUGGCUUGGCAUCUACAAAUAUAUAAAAUAAAAUAAAAUAAGAUAGAGAGAUCAUUUCAAUUGUUUGCAAUUAAUUGUUCACAUAAAAUCGUGAAUAUAUACAUGUAUUCUAUUGUUUA